CCCACCCCUCCUCCUCCUUUCAUAUUUCGUCUGUCGUUUUCCCUCUCCUCCUUUGUCGUUUUGCGUGUUGGGUCCAAAUAGAAUAGAAAUUCAGAAGAAGAGAAGACAGAAUCAUGCGUAGUAUUGGUGGUCAGGAUCAUACAGAGGAAACUCCCAAUGGAGUCUCUCAGUCCAAUUCGUCUGAUCUCCCUUCUUUCUUGUCUUCUUCUUCCUAUCCUAUCACUCUAAAGUUUAUUGACGUCUGUUACCGAGUAAAGAUAGUGGAGAAGAAUGGCAAAGGCCGUUUCAAGCGCAUGUUAAUCAACCCUGGCGGAGGAUCCCCGCCUUCCGCCACCUAUGAAGAACGGACCAUCUUGCAUGGAAUUACCGGCAUGGUUUCCCCGGGUGAAAUCCUCGCAAUCUUGGGUCCCUCCGGCAGUGGAAAGUCAACCCUCCUCAGUGCUCUCGCCGGCAGACUCCAAGCCGCCGGUCACGGAUUCACCGGGACUAUCCUAUGUAACAACAAGAAACGCAGUAAACAAAUAUCAAAACGCAUCGGAUUUGUCACCCAAGAAGAUGUUCUCUACCCCCACCUCACCGUCCGCGAAACCCUAAUAUUCUGCUCUUUGCUCCGGUUGCCCAGAACCUUGUUGAAGAAAGAGAAGAUAUCAGUGGCUGAAUCGGUGAUAUCCGAGUUGGGUCUAAGUAAAUGCGAGAAUACCAUAAUUGGAAACGGCUUCAUUCGCGGGAUAUCCGGGGGGGAAAGAAAGCGAGUGAGUAUAGGUCACGAGAUGCUAAUAAACCCUAGCUUGCUGAUUCUUGACGAACCCACAUCUGGGCUUGACUCGACGGCGGCGCAUCGUCUGGUUUCGACGUUGGAAUCGUUAGCUCAGAAGGGGAAAACCAUAGUGACGUCUAUACACCAACCGUCGAGCCGAGUUUACCAGAUGUUUGACUCGGUACUGGUUCUGAGCGAGGGACGAUGCUUGUAUUUCGGGAAAGGAAAUGAAGCAAUGAGUUACUUGGAGUCGGUGGGGUUGAAACCAUCUUUUCCCAUGAAUCCUGCGGAUUUUCUCCUCGAUCUUGCCAACGGGGUGUGCCAAGUUGAUGGGCUUAGCGAGAGAGAGAAACCAAAGGUUAAGCAAACUCUUGUUGCCUCUUAUAACAACUUAUUAGCCCCUAAAGUAAAAGCUAUUUGUAUGGAUUCAUCUUCUACAAAUUCAAUUCAAUUAAACCAACAUCAUUCUUCAACUCUAGAACAAAGGAGCUCCGAAAACAGAAUCAGUCUCUCUACCUGGUUAAACCAAUUCAGUAUUCUCUUCCGGAGAAGCCUCAACGAACGAAAACACGAGUCCUUCAACACGCUACGAGUCUUCCAGGUCAUUGCUGCAGCAAUCUUGGCCGGAUUAAUGUGGUGGCACUCUGAUUUUCGGGAUAUCCAAGACAGGCUUGGCCUUCUCUAUUUCAUUUCCAUUUUCUGGGGUGUUUUUCCCUCCUUCAAUGCGGUUUUUGCAUUCCCUCAAGAACGUGCCAUCUUCAUGAAAGAGAGAGCUUCUGGCAUGUAUACGCUUUCCUCAUAUUUUAUGGCAAGAAUUGUUGGAGACCUCCCAAUGGAGCUAAUUCUCCCCACUCUGUUUCUCAUUGUCACUUACUGGAUGACCGGGUUGAAAGCUGAAUUGGGUGCUUUUGUUCUCACCCUCUUGGUCCUUCUCGGCUAUGUGCUUGUGUCUCAAGGCCUCGGCCUUGCUUUAGGGGCAGCAAUCAUGGAUGCUAAACAGGCUUCCACCAUUGUUACAGUGACAAUGCUUGCAUUCGUUUUGACUGGAGGAUUUUAUGUGCACAAGGUGCCUUCUUGCAUGAGUUGGAUCAAGUAUGUUUCCACAACUUUUUACACCUACAGGCUAUUUAUCAAUGUACAAUAUGGGGACGUCAAUAGGAUCUCGUAUCUAUUGGGGUGCUAUUCUCGCCACGAAAAUACUGAUAGAGCUGCUAGUUGCAAGUUUAUUGAAGAAGAUAUUAGAGGGCAGAUCAGCCCAAUGACCAGUAUUGGGGUCUUGUUGCUAAUGUUCAUAGGCUAUAGAAUACUGGCUUACCUUGCGCUGAGACGCAUCAAAGGUUAAAGAAGAAUCUAACUAUCAUGAUGAGGUAGUUAACUGGUCCUUAGGUUUCUAUGUAGUUCCACGUCCACUGUUUCUGCAAUUGUAAGUUUCUCACAAGAAAAUGAUGAAGAAAGGAAUAUGAAUUACCUUUUGGUUAUUUA